AUGGGCCGCCGGAUUCGGUACAGCCGCCCAAGGGUGGCUCUGCCAGAGACGCUGCUGGACUUUUUGUGCACCCGCUUUUCUUACCUAUCACGUGGUCAGUGGGCUCAGCACCUGACUGCAGGGCACUUGCGGGUUUUUAGACCUGGCGAUAAUAACACUGUAUCAACCUCCGGAGACUACUUGUUGCGCCAAAAUGACGAAAUUUGUUUUGAUCCCCCGCGGGAGCUUGAACCGAACGUUGACGAAUACAUUCACGUUAUGCACGAUGACGACGCAGUUCUCGUGUGCGUCAAGAAUGGCAAUCUGCCGGUAGCAGAGGGGGGGCGCUACUCUGGCAAUACGCUAGUAGGUCUGCUUCAGCGACGCAGCGCGGAAUCUGUCGUUUCUAGGGAGGAUGCGGCCGCAAACAUAAAAAGUGAUCAAAGGAAUGAUGAGGAUGGGGAGGCGGGGAUCGCAGCGACUAAAAAACAUGCGUUGUACCAUCCUGUCCACCGUCUGGACAAGGAGACAUCUGGAUUAGUUGUAUUGGCGAAGCACGCUGCUGCGGCGAGGGUUCUCUCCACACAGUUUGAGCAGCAGUCUGAGCGGAUCACGGAAGAACUUGCAAAGCGAACUGAUUCCUCUAGAUACAAGCUGAGCGCAGAGGAGUUUGAAGAGCUUGUGGCAGAUGAGAAAUAUGUCAACAAAUCCUAUAUUGCUGUCUUGGCUGGUGCGGCUCGUGAAGGGGCUGUGUUUGUCAUGUGUGACCGUAUUGGUUUUCUCUUUGACAAGCUGCUGAAAGAGGAAAAUGCGGAGGCUGUGGUGAAGCAUAUGAAGUUGAAGAAAUUGAAGAUGACAUGCUUUUCUGAUAAUUUAAAGGAAAAUCCAUUGCAGCACGGCCGUCCAGCAAUCUCUCGGAUUCGUAUUUUAGGCAGUGAUAAGACGAUUGGAGUCUCUGUCGCACGUGUGGAUAUUUUAACAGGAAGAACACAUCAAAUACGUCUACACUGCGCCCAGCUAGGCUACCCUGUGCUUGGCGACAAGUUAUACGAUACGACUACGCCAGGUGUGGUGGGCGGCGGAUGCGCCGUUGCAGAUGACACGUAUCUUGCGAGAGCGAGGGAAAGUAAGAGCCUAGUAAGUGCAGUGGCACCACGUUUACGGGUGAAGCGGCAUCUUUUACACGCAGCUGUGCUGUCGUUUCUGCACCCCGUUACUGGGGAGCGCAUGACGUAUUUCGCGGACCCACGUGAGUGGUUUCUUCGUGAUAUCGUGGAGGAAGCGGGGGGAUCGACUGUAAAAACAACUGCAGAUGGAAGCUGUUCAGCUCUUGAGACGCUGCAGCAACUCUUGGGGAGGGCGGUGGAUGUGUUGGACCCUUGA